AAAGCCUUUAGAGUAUUCACCCUCUCUCUUCUAAUUAUUAUUAUUAUUAUUAUUUUUUCUCUAUAUAGCUAUAUGCAGCUUGAGGACUCAUCAAUCCUCUCUCUCAUCAAUAAUAAGCCAGUUAUGGCGGUUACGGCGGUGGCGGCACCGGAUGAAGAUGGUGUCAAGGGUGGUGGUGGUGAAGUGGUGGUUGGUAUGGAAGAAGAAGAAGAAGAAGUAGUGAAUGCAACAAAUUCAAGUGAAGAGAAUAAUAGUAAUAAUAAGGGAAGAGAAGAAGAAGAAGGUGGUGGUGGUGGUCGCGACGACGGCGGCGAUAAGAUGAGCUUUGGUGGAAACCGGUGGCCACGGCAAGAAACUUUGGCUCUCUUAAAGAUAAGGUCAGAUAUGGAUUCAGUGUUUCGUGAUUCAACUCUCAAAGGUCCACUAUGGGAAGAAGUUUCAAGGAAAUUAGGAGAAAUUGGAUACAAGAGAAGUGCAAAGAAAUGCAAAGAAAAAUUUGAGAAUGUGUAUAAGUAUCACAAGAGAACCAAAGAAGGUAGAACUGGAAAAUCUGAAGGAAAAACCUACAAGUUCUUUGAUCAAUUACAAGCACUUGAGAAUCACAAUCAAUUCAAUAAUACACACCCUCCUCCAAAAUCAUCACAACCUCUUUUGCCAACAAACCCUACUUUAGUAAAUUCUUCGGCACUGCCGUCAACAACUGUGACUGCAGCAGUCACAACCAACAACAUAAGUAGUACUACUUUUGCACCACAUUCCUUUCCUAAUAACAACAGCAUGAACCUUUUUUCAUCACCAUCGUCGUCACCAUCGUCGUCAACAGCUUCAGAUGAAGGGUUGGAAGAGAGGUACAAGAAGAAGAGGAAAUGGAAGGACUACUUCAGGAAGCUGACUAGGCAAGUCCUUGCAAAGCAAGAGGAGAUGCAAAAUAGGUUCUUUGCAAGAGAUGUCAAGAAUCGCCAAUGAACACGACGUACUUGUGCAAGAGAGGUCAACAGCUGCAGCCAAAGAUGCAGCUGUUAUCGCUCUUUUGCACAAGUUAUCCGGCCACGAAACACAAUCACCACAGACACAGACACAGAUACAGAAACAACAAACAAUUAAGGCAAAGAAUAGUAGUAGUAGAGAAAUAGUUGAAAGAAUGAGUUGUUCUUCGUCUUCAAGGUGGCCAAAGGGUGAAGUUCAUGCAUUGAUAAGGCUAAGAACAAGUCUUGAUUCAAAGUACAUGGAGAAUGGACCAAAAGCUCCAUUAUGGGAGGAUAUAUCAGGUGGAAUGCAGAGAUUAGGGUACAACCGAAGUGCGAAGAGAUGCAAAGAGAAAUGGGAGAAUAUAAACAAGUACUUCAAGAAAGUGAAGGAGAGUAACAAGCAAAGGCGUGAAGAUAGCAAGACUUGUCCCUAUUUUCAUGAGCUUGAAGCUCUUUACAAAGACAAGAUUAGCAACAACACCUCCUUUGGAAGUUUCCAGAAUAAUAUGGAGCCUUUGAUGGUUCAGCCUGAGCAACAAUGGAGGCCACCACCUGAAUCCAACAAGGACAACAAUAAUGAAUCAAAUGAAGAAGAAGAAGAAGAAGAGUACGAUGAUGAUGGUGUUGAAGAAGAAGAAGAAGAUAGUGUUGGAGAAGAAGAAGAAGGAUUGAACCGUUAUCAGAUUGUGACAAAUAAAGUUUCAUCAGUGGACACAGUUGAAUAAUAAUGAGACAAGAUAAGGAAGUUUCUGAAUGGUGGAGGCAUAUAGUAACUUAUUUCAUAUACUCUUUAUUUUAAGGUGAAAACCAGGUGCAGUCGACUUCACAUGAAGUUGAUAGCUGAGAGCUGUUAGAUGGUUUGAUUGAUUCAACUAUCAACUUCACGUGAAGUCGACUGCAUCUGAGUUUCCACCUUAUUUCAAUUUCAAUUUCAAUAUUUUUUUUUUUCUGGGGAGGGAGGGAUUAUAAUUAAGAAUGUUACUGG